AUGAAGUAGCUUUUCAUCACGUCGCCAAAGAUAACAUUUCGGCAGUGUUUUUGAACCCACAGCUCCAUAUCAAUCACUCUCUCAAUAGAACUCGCUCAAGGAACUGGGACAUCCAGUCGAACUUGUUCGUCUGUCUUUGCCAUUGUGAUGUAAGUAUUGAGUUUGAAGGACUGUCAGUAUGGAUUUUGGUGUCAUACCGGAGGAUUUCGACCUUUUGGCCUUUGUGGAUGGCAACGGGCCCAACCACUGUAUUCCAGAACUCGACGACGCCGACAUCUGGGAGAUUCUAGCGGAUGACAAUCUCAAGGACAUUCAAACCAGUCAUUCUUUCAUCCCCCCCAACUACCCAAGAGACAAUGUUUCAUCCAACGACUCGGGUACAACAAAGAGGUGCCCAAUAUGUGGAGGAUCGGCAGGAAAGCAUUGCUACUAUGGUGCCAACACAUGUUCCGGAUGCCGAAUGUUCUUCCAAAGGGCAGUCAAAUCGAACAAGAUUGUCCAACAAACUUGUAGCAAGGGAGGAACUUGUUCCACCAUUGUUAUUCCUUCUUCUUCUCCACGCAGUAGAGUGUGCAAGGUCUGUCGGUUCCAAAAAUGUCUGGAAGUGGGGAUGAAACCUAGCUACGUCGUCACUGGCCGACAAACUAUCAACAAGAGUUCCCCUUCGGAUUACACAAGGUCCAAGAAGAUUGUCGAAGACUCGGGCAAGUCGUUCCCAUUGGAAAGAAGAGGUUCUCAAAUGAUGUUUGUUUUCACUUUGGAGGAGAGGAAUGUCUACGUGGAUGAAUUCACCCAACUUAUCACUAAAUCCUACAAUACCGUGAUCGACUUUUAUAGUGUGCAGCCAGUUAUGUUUGACAUCUUGGUGAAGACCGUAUUCCAAGGCCAGACAAGUGAUUCGAAUAGUCUCAAAUGCAUGACCAAGCUCGACGAAGAUAUCCUCAUGCAAUACUGCAUGGGGAAUCCGGACUUUGAGCAACUUUACUUUCAUGACAGGAUGCUUUUGAUCCACCACAAUUUCCCAAUCUUAUUUGGAUUCAUGUGGAGCGUGUUUUGCAUGCCUGAAUUUUUGACGGAUUAUUUAGGCGGCCUAGUCCGACACCUUAAUCACGGUGCUAACAAGAAAGGCAAACAGCUCAUUAGUCCUCUACAAAAGUCUGAAAGGACCAAGCUAACCCAGGGAGUUGAGAAGAUGACCAACGAGAGCGAUCCAUUGAGAUUGGUCAAAAAUAUGCAUCAAAUCCAAGACUGGGUUAAGGCAACCUCUGAUCCUUCUCGAGAUAAUGUUCUGAUAGUCUUGAUUUUGAAGGUGUUCCUUUUUUCCACUGAAUUUGGACACGACAAGCUCAAGAAUGGACCCAAGAUCAAGGCAUGCCAUCAGAAAUACCUUUUCCAACUUCACAGAUAUCUCAAGCAACUCUUUCAUGAAUCUGCCAAUAGUAGACUUCACCAGCUUUUUCUUAUGUCACUUUGUGCCAAAGAUGUUUUCAAUGCAUUGCAAUCUUUGACUAUAAACUUAUAGCUCAAUCGUA